AUGGGCCCGCUUAAAGCCAUGCUGAAGACUGCGUGGCUUUUGGAAGAGGACGACAGAAUCGGAGACGAAGUCUUUACCGCUCAAGAAAAGCGAUUAGCAAUGCCCCCCUUAGCCCCGGACCAAGACCGACUUCAACAUGAGACCGUCACCUUCGACAACAACUCGCAGCCCACCGUGGUGGACAGCGACCACACCUUAUUGGACCACGACCGACUUCAACAUGAGGCCGCCACCUUCGACAACAACUCGCAGCCCACCGUGGUGGACAGCGACCACACCUUAUUCCAGUACGUACCUCGCAAUACAAUUCACUAA